GGAAGUUCCUUGUGUUGUGGGGCUCAGCCGGUUCGUUUUUGUUGUUUUUCCUACGCUUAAGUUCCCGCUGUAGGUGGUGCUUUUGCCGACGUUGCGAUGGGGGAAGCAGACAAGUUUCACUACAUCUACAGUUGUGACCUGGAUAUCAACGUCCAGCUUAAGAUAGGAAGCUUGGAAGGGAAGAGAGAACAAAAGAGCUAUAAAGCUGUCCUAGAAGACCCAAUGUUGAAGUUUUCAGGACUAUACCAAGAGACGUGCUCUGACCUUUAUGUUACUUGUCAAGUAUUUGCAGAAGGGAAACCUCUGGCCUUGCCAGUGAGAACAUCCUACAAGGCGUUUAGUACAAGAUGGAACUGGAAUGAAUGGCUAAAACUACCAGUAAAAUACCCUGACCUGCCCAGGAAUGCCCAGGUGGCCCUCACCAUAUGGGAUGUGUAUGGACCCGGAAAAGCAGUGCCUGUAGGAGGAACAACAGUUUCACUCUUUGGAAAAUAUGGCAUGUUUCGCCAAGGGAUGCAUGACUUGAAAGUCUGGCCUAAUGUAGAAGCAGAUGGAUCAGAACCCACAAAAACUCCUGGCAGAACAAGUAGCACUGUCUCAGAAGAUCAGAUGAGCCGCCUUGCCAAGCUCACCAAAGCUCAUCGACAAGGACACAUGGUGAAAGUAGAUUGGCUGGACAGAUUGACGUUUAGAGAAAUAGAAAUGAUAAAUGAGAGUGAAAAACGAAGUUCUAAUUUCAUGUACCUGAUGGUUGAGUUUCGAUGCGUCAAGUGUGAUGAUAAGGAAUAUGGUAUUGUUUAUUAUGAAAAGGACGGUGAUGAGUCUUCUCCAAUUUUAACAAGUUUUGAAUUAGUGAAAGUUCCUGACCCCCAGAUGUCUAUGGAGAAUUUAGUUGAGAGCAAACACCACAAGCUUGCCCGAAGUUUAAGAAGUGGACCUUCUGACCAUGAUCUCAAACCCAAUGCUGCCACAAGAGAUCAGUUAAAUAUUAUUGUGAGUUAUCCACCAACCAAGCAACUUACAUAUGAAGAACAAGAUCUUGUUUGGAAGUUUAGAUAUUAUCUUACGAAUCAAGAAAAAGCUUUGACAAAAUUCUUGAAAUGUGUUAAUUGGGAUCUACCUCAAGAGGCCAAACAGGCCUUGGAACUUCUGGGAAAAUGGAAGCCGAUGGAUGUAGAGGACUCCUUGGAAUUGCUUUCCUCCCAUUACACCAAUCCAACAGUGAGGCGUUAUGCUGUUGCCCGGUUGCGACAGGCCGAUGAUGAGGAUUUGUUGAUGUACCUAUUACAGCUGGUCCAGGCUCUCAAAUAUGAAAAUUUUGAUGAUAUAAAAAAUGGAUUGGAACCUACCAAGAAGGAUAGUCAGAGUUCAGUGUCAGAAAAUGUGUCAAAUUCUGGAAUAAAUUCUGCAGAAAUAGAUAGCUCCCAAAUUAUAACCAGCCCCCUUCCUCCAGUCUCUUCACCUCCUCCUGCAUCAAAAACAAAAGAAGUUCCAGAUGGCGAAAAUCUGGAACAAGAUCUCUGUACCUUCUUGAUAUCAAGAGCCUGCAAAAACUCAACACUGGCUAAUUAUUUAUACUGGUAUGUGAUAGUAGAAUGUGAAGAUCAGGAUACCCAGCAGAGAGAUCCAAAGACCCAUGAAAUGUACUUGAACGUAAUGAGAAGAUUCAGCCAAGCGUUGUUGAAGGGUGAUAAGUCUGUCAGAGUUAUGCGUUCUUUGCUGGCUGCACAACAGACAUUUGUAGAUCGGUUGGUGCAUCUAAUGAAGGCAGUACAACGUGAAAGUGGAAAUCGUAAGAAAAAGAAUGAGAGACUACAGGCAUUGCUUGGAGAUAAUGAAAAGAUGAAUUUGUCAGACGUGGAACUUAUCCCAUUGCCUUUAGAACCCCAAGUGAAAAUUAGAGGAAUAAUUCCAGAAACAGCUACACUGUUUAAGAGUGCCCUUAUGCCUGCACAGUUGUUUUUUAAGACAGAAGAUGGAGGCAAAUAUCCAGUUAUAUUUAAGCAUGGAGAUGAUUUACGUCAAGAUCAACUUAUUCUUCAAAUCAUUUCACUCAUGGACAAGUUGUUACGGAAAGAAAAUCUCGACUUGAAAUUGACACCUUAUAAAGUGUUAGCCACCAGUACAAAACAUGGUUUCAUGCAGUUUAUCCAGUCAGUUCCUGUGGCUGAAGUUCUUGAUACAGAGGGAAGCAUUCAGAACUUUUUUAGAAAAUAUGCACCAAGUGAGAAUGGGCCAAAUGGAAUUAGUGCUGAGGUCAUGGACACUUACGUUAAAAGCUGUGCUGGAUAUUGCGUGAUCACGUAUAUACUUGGAGUUGGAGACAGGCACCUGGAUAACCUUUUGCUAACAAAAACAGGCAAACUAUUCCACAUAGACUUUGGAUAUAUUUUGGGUCGGGAUCCGAAGCCUCUCCCUCCUCCAAUGAAGCUGAAUAAAGAAAUGGUAGAAGGAAUGGGGGGCACACAGAGUGAGCAGUACCAAGAGUUCCGUAAACAGUGCUACACGGCUUUCCUCCACCUGCGAAGGUAUUCUAAUCUGAUCUUAAACUUGUUUUCCUUGAUGGUUGAUGCAAACAUUCCAGAUAUUGCUCUUGAACCAGAUAAAACUGUGAAAAAGGUUCAGGAUAAAUUUCGUUUAGACCUGUCGGAUGAAGAGGCUGUGCAUUACAUGCAGAGUCUGAUUGAUGAAAGUGUCCAUGCCCUUUUUGCUGCAGUGGUGGAACAGAUUCACAAGUUUGCCCAGUACUGGAGAAAAUGAAACUGGAUUUGACCCAUGAAGAUGCUUGGCUCAAUAAGAAAACCAUGUUAGGAGCAACCUGUGUAUAUUGGAGACUUCAGAGUAACCAGCAGGGAAGAGAAAAUUUAAUCUUCAGGUUACCAUAUUUUCCAAAUAUUACGUGGUACCUGAAUUCCACUUCCUUGGAUGUCAUUGCUCAAAUAUGGUCUUGAAGGGUUUGUUUUGAAAUACUGUAUAUAUUUAUUUUCAAAUGUAUACAUUGUUAAUAAACUACGAAAUGAGAAAUAUUCUUA